ACAUCUGCUACUGCCUACGUCAAACUUUACGUGUUGGAAGGGGGUAGUAAUAUAACAUUGCCGAUGUGCUAGAGGCAGCCAUUCCGAUUACUGGUAGUCCGUUGGAAAGCUAUACAGUUUGCUUUGUCCUUUCAGCGUUUUGUUUUCAUCAUGAGGGCGACUCUGAUUCUGCUCCUGGUGGCACUCGUGGCCUCAGUUCAUGCUGGGUGGUUCUUCGGUAGCAGUGCGAACGAGGAAUCACAUGACGUUAAGAAGAGGGAAGUCAAUGGUGAACCUGAAACUAAUGGGAACGAUGACGGUAGGAGCGGAGAUUCCUCUGGAGAUGGGAGCGGGUAGGGAAACGAGACCAAAUACGAAUCAGCCAAUUGAAUACAGUGAAGACAACGGACGUAAAGAUGGCUACGGGAAGAAAUGCAGAAAAACGACAACCAUCUAGGAAAAA